AUGGCCUCGGAGGUAUGGGUUAGAAGGGGGAGUGAGCAUUUCCGACCAAGAAUGGUUAGACCUCCUACCUCGCAAGAUGAGGGGUGGAGAAGGCUUGAUCAUCCCAAGUUUUCCAUUCAUGAUGACUCUUAUAUGACUCGCACACAAAAGCGAAGGCAGCAAAGGAAGUGGGCUGAUAGAAGGAAAUUAUGGGAGAAAGACCAUGGUUGGACUAAUUCUCCAAAGAAGAUGGCUAAACCAUCAAACUUGUCUGAACUUCCAGCUAAAGGAGGGGUUAGAGAUCCUGAUGAUUUAUUGGAUCUUGUUUCAGAACCAAAUCAGCCCAAUUCAAUGGAAGGAGAUAUGGUAGAUACAAGUCCUCCCAUGGAAAGCCUAGGACAGCCUAGUUCUGGGCCAACUAUUAUAGAACCAAAUAAUGGUAUUUAUAUAGAAGAGGUCUUUGAAGAUGAAGCUGAACAUCUCCAGAAAUUAAAGGGGGUUAUGAUUGAAGAGAAUAGCCCCACGAGGCCAAAGAAAAUUGUGUUGGAAAAGCCACCGUAUGGUAUGACUCAGCAGCUCAAACCUUUGUAUAUCAAGGUGCUAAUCGAAGGAAGGCCCUUGGCAAGAGUUUUGGUGGACAAUGGUUCGGUAUUGAAUGUUGUUCCAGUAAAUGUUAUGCGCAUGCUUGGAAAAUCACCUGAAGAUAUCAUUCCAACUGAUGUAUCCAUUAGUGGAUUCACUGGAGGAAUAGUGAAGACGCAAGGAAUCCUACUGUUGGAACUAAUGGUAGGAGAUAGAACUUCCAUCACAGCCUUCUUUAUUAUUGAGUCUACAGCGGCAUAUAAUUUGCUCUUAGGCCGCGAAUAG